CUCUACCGCGGACCAUCCACUUCACUGCAACAACCUCAAAGCUUUCAUCGUCACCGUGGGCUUGUGAUUUUGUGUUCGUAGAUCACUCGUUGGGCACGCACAUACCUGCUCACCAUCAUGGCGGUCGACGCUCUGUCGGCGGAGUCGUACGGGAACUCACAACGUCCAGACCCUCACAAGUUCACGAAGCUAUCAGAGAUCCUGUCAUGUCUCUCUUCUUUGCAGUCUGAAGAAGCUGAGCUUUCCUCGUCACUCGCCGAACUACUCGCAUCUCAAGAGCCGGUCAUUAACUCUCUGGCGCGCCUGCAGUCGCUAGGCCCGACACUGGAUGAGCUGCAUGCGGAAGCCUCUGUAUUUGACCAGACGGUCUCGCGCACAGCGAAAACUGCCGACGAAGUCGGUGGGUUCGUACGAACCUUGGAUGAGGAGAUGCGGAGGGUGCGAGAGGCCGCUGAGCGUGUCGGACAGGUUAUGGAGCUUAAGACAUCUCUCAACGCACUCCAGUCAGCGAUGGAAGCUAAGGACUGGGAAUCCGCAACGCGACAUUGCUCGCGCGCGAUGUCGCUCCCCACCGAAGUCAUCUCGGGCUUGUUCGCAGAAACGGCCGUCCCCACACCAGAAAGCCACUUGCCUCCGGCGCAGACCCUCCAUGCUGCGCGCGAGGAGCUGCUGGCGAUCUUCCGCCGCGAAUUCGACAAGGCGAGCCAGUCGCGUGAUGCGGCCGCGACGAGUCGGUUCUUCAAGCUGUUCCCGGCGAUUGGGUGGGAGUUGGAGGGACUGCAAGCGUAUGCUGCGUUCGUCGUAGACCUUGUACGCGUUCGGGCGCCCGCUUCAGCGAAGACAUCAUCCCCAUUAUUCUACAUCACCGCGCUGACGGCUCUCUUCGAGAGCAUUGCCAUGAUCGUGGAUCAACACCAGCCCAUAGUUGAGAAGUACUACGGUCCGGGUAAAAUGACUCCGGUCAUAGAGCGUCUCUUACAGGAGUCGGACCGCGUGGUCAAUGACAUGAUCGAGGGAUGGGUAGAGGAGCGGGCCAUGGAGCGGAAGCUUUCAGAUACGAGCAACACGUCUCGGAAGCAACCGUCCCAAUAUGACGCUGACGAGGAGGUUGACCCGCGGGAGAUCGACAAGGUUCUGACUGAGGCAGCGGGUAUGAGCGGACGCUGGAGUCUGUUCCGCAAGUUCAUGUACGACCGCCUGAAGGACGACUACUCGGAUACAGAUGUUGACGGGGAGGAGAAGGCCUCAGAUCAAUCGGACAAUGGUGAAGACAAACCCCUUCCAGACGGCCUUCGCGCCAUCGAAGCGUCCGCAUCAAAGCAGCACUUUGAGGACAUGCUUACAGCCUACUACGUCCCUCUCGAAUCCUGGUACGCACGCAGCGCCCUCGACAAGGUGCACCGACUCUCCUCUGCGGACCUCCUCGCUUUACCGGCCGUGACGACGACGCCCGACGACGCGUUCUACAUCCUCAAGGCGAUACUGAACAGGCUGCUCUCCUGCGGCUCGCUUGCUGCGGUGCAGCGUACGGCGGAGUUGCUGCGGGACGUCGUGGACAAGGAGUACACGGGUGUGAUCAAGCGGAAGCUGGACGACGUGUACCGAACGGCAGGACCUGCUGGGACAAGAGGGGAUAAAGCUGAGAGGGAGAAUAGGCUGGCCUUCAUCGUGCUGCUGAAUGACCUCGACAUUUCUUCAGGACACAUGGAGCGCCUAGUGAAGGAGUUGUCUGCGUCGUCGCUGAUCACACAGUUCUAUCUCGACAGCGAAGUCGAGGGAGUCAGAGCCACCGUGGCUUCGUUCAACGGCGUUGUUACGAAGUUCCGUUCUGCUCUCAGGGCCGGCAUCGAACAGCUCUUCAACCAACUGAUGCGUCCACGACUACGCACGUUCAUUUCGGACGUCUAUAAGGACGUAUCGUACGUCAUCGACGAGGACAGCUAUGCUCAGGCGGGUUAUAACGACGUCGUGCGGAAACGCUUCGUCAAGUCGUGGGAAACGUUGGUGGACGGGUACAAGGAUACCUUCACCGAGAACAACUAUCGCCUCCUGUUUGGGUUGGCUCUCGACGUGCUUGUCCGCCCAUGGGAGCGAUUCAUCAGCACGCUCAGAUAUAGCGAGCUUGGCGCAAUUCGAUUCGAUCAGGACCUCCGCGCGAUCACCUCAUACCUCUCCUCGCAAACCGCGUUCGGUGACGUCCGCGAGAAGUUCGUGCGCCUUCAACAAAUCUCGCAGUUGCUCAAUCUCGACUCGGAGGAAGAUGCGGAUGAGUUCUACAACGGAUCAGGGAUCGCGUGGCAGCUCGGCGAACAGGAAGCCCGCAAUAUUGUCGCACUCAGGGUUUGAUCGGAAUCCACUUUCCGCCUUACCCGUACACAGUUUGAAGAGGGCAUGCGAAGAAAGGAACACCUUUGGUACGUGAUGGUCCUGACGAAGGCAUCAUGAGACGUUCUUGAGUGAGUUGGUGGUACGCACGAGCUGCAAAGUAUCAUUGCUACAUUGCGGCGUCGUGUCACGAUGCUAUACUGAAACAAUUGCAAA